GGCACCUGGCAGGUGGUGCGGGGCGGUACCCGCAGGAGGAGGGGGCAGGGCAUUGGGCCGGAGGUGAGGCGGGGCGGACCUGGCAGCAGGUUAGGGGCGGGAGGAGCCGGCUAGGCGGGCCUCCGGUGAUUCACCGUCCGUGCGGACGCGAAUUCGCCCCGCUGGCACCUGGCCGCCGCGUCCCCGGGCGUCCGCCCUCGUCCCCCUCGGCUUCGGAGUCGGCCCGGGAUUGACGGGCGCCGAGGCCGGAGCGCGUCUCUGCUACCCCGGCCGCCGCAGCCCCGCGAGGAUGCGCGCCUUGCCGGCCCCGGACGAGCCCGGCGCCGAGCGGCUCCUGCCCCGGGAGCCCGGCGCCUCGCGGCCGGCGCGCAGGAGCGCGGUGGAGAGGCUGGCGGCCGACCGUGCCAAGUACGUGCGCGGAGCUCCGGCUCCCGAGGGCAGCGGCACCGACGCGGCAGCUGCGCAGGACAGCGCCCCCGCGGCCCCGGUCCGCGCCCAGGCCCCAGUGGUGCGCAGGGCGAUCGCGCGGAAACCGCUGCGGCCGGAUUCGCUGGUCAUCUACCGGCAGAAGUGCGAGUUCGUGCGAGGGCCGGGCGCCGACGGCUCCAGGGGCGGCCUGGUGAAGAAGCUUUUCCCUGGGCCGGGCAAGGACAGGGUGCAGGCGCCAGCGGACACGCUGGGCGCGGGCGAGGAAGGCCAAGCUGCCGGCAGGGAGGCCAUUGCUACCCCCAAAUCCGCCGCGGGGGCUGCUCCCGCGCCCCCGGCCCCCGGCGCGCCCUCGGCGGUGCCCACCCGGGUCGCGGAUGCGCCCCCGGGCCUGGAGCUGCGGCUGGCGCGGCGCCGGGGGCUGCAGCGCUCGCAGUCGGACCUCAGCUCCCUCUACUCGCCGGCCAGGGCCGAGUGCGACGCCUUCUUCCGGUACUGCGGCCUGGACGCCGAGGUGGUGGAGGCCCUCGGCAGGGAGAACUUCUCCGCGGGCUCGGACCGCGUCGCCCUCAAAGUGCGCAGUGUGAGCGUCGCCACCUCCGACAGCGGCUUCUCGCGGCACAGCGGUGACGACGACGGGCUGCAGGAGGAGCUCAUGGAGCAGGUGCCCAGCACCACGUCGAUCAUCGAGAGGAACGCGCGCAUCAUCAAGUGGCUGUACACCUGCCGCAAGGCCAGGGAGACCCCCAGCCAGAGGCUGCAGGGGCCGGCGUGACCGCCUGCACCGGGAGCGUGCCAGCAAGCAGACUGUCCCAGAAGAAAACUUGAAGUCAUGGGCCGUGUGUCCAGUGUCCACAGGAUUGCUGUCUUCCUGGAAAUGAAGCCUCCCACUGACCACUAUUAAGUGAUUACAGGCUUGAAGUACCACAAAGAUGGGAGCACAGACCUUGAAAACCAGCCAAGCUUUGGUCUUUGACAGCUGAAGCGUGGAGCGAGGCGCACUUUGUUUUGGAGGGACCUGCCAUGCUUCCCCAUGCAGCCGGAAAAGGGAACGCUCUUAGAGAUAUUUUCAGGGCUUUUUGACAAAAUACUGUGAUGCAUUUUAACAAUAUCUCACUUUAUUAUUUUUUUAACGAAGUCUAAAAGUAUAAAAACCAGCAUGAAUGCCAGGGUAUUUACUCCUUUUGCCAUCCAGGACUGAUUGAAACCAUUUAAGUCCAGUCUCUGUAAUCACGAGAAGGUAUAUUCCACCUAAAUACCAUUGCUACAAAGAGUAAACACACACUGAGACACACCAUAUGCAGGCCCAACCUCCAGAGGACGGCUGCACUGUAGACUAGUUAGUUCCCAAAUUCUGUAACUAAGUAUCUCAUAUUUUAUGAGCUUAAAUCACUAUUAAAAUCACUGAGGGCUAGGAUCUCAUCCUGCUAAUGGCACUUGCCACAGGGCUGCAGGCUUGCGGAAGUACACUUUGAGCGGUAAGCUAGAGUUGAGGAACUCCUGAAGAAAACAGUUUCCUGAAUGGUACCAGAGGAAUCCUGGACUUGCUCUGUCUGAUCAGUAGCAGCCACUCUACCUUGACAGUGCCUUUGGAAUGUGCGCCACAGACCUCUGGUUUCCAACUUCCAGAAAACGGAGGGACCUUGGUUUGUGCAGAGCGUGUGGCUCUGGGGACAGAAGCUCCUCUCUGCACCAUGGUCUCUUCAGGCCUCUGCAGCCCUGUUUGGCACCGCUCCCUCUUGGCAGGAGGCCUCUGGGACAGAAUGUCCGAAGGGCGCCCCUGUGUCCUGGUUAGGGUCUUGUACCUGACACCCAGGGUAGAUUUCAGGUCGAGAGACUCCUGAGAAAGAGUUUGUGUCAGUGACAACCCAAAGGAAGUUGUCACCGAGUCAGCUCUUCCAAAGCCUGCUGUGGUUUGUCAAAGUGAGCUGCUUCAGGAACAAAAUUAUUGCAAGAAUAUGGAGGAUAUGGAUUUCUCAAUGCUAAAUUGUUUUAAAAACCGUUCCCUUUUGAUAUAUUCAUGUAUUUGUUUCAUGUUCUAUUUUUGUAGCUAUUUCACUGUGAGAAUAGAUUCUGAGUUAAAAGUAUUUAUUUUUACACAGUCGCUAGUCUUCAUAGAGUUUUCCUUUAUGUCAUAUAGUUUUAACUUUUACUGGUAUGAUUUUAAGUCAUUUUCCCCUUGGUAUCUUUCUGCAUGUCUUGGAGUGUUUGCAUUCUGUAGAUCCAGUAGUCAUGACUUGUUCCCAGAUCAGUCUCAGACACAUGUUCUCGGAAGGCCUGCUGGCUGACACGUGCACCUCUUUCAGUCCAUAUCAAGGCAGCAAAUUCCCUGCUCUAAGAAGUUUUCCUCAGUUACUGCAUAAGAAUGCUGCUAUUUGCUGUCCUCUGUAUUGUAUGUACCUUAAAAAGAUGAUGUCAAAGAUGUGAGAAGUUUUUUGAAAAAUCUUUAUUCCCAUAUUUUCAGGACUCCCAUUAUUUUAUAUGUAAAUGCUUUCCACUUUUUGAACAGGAGGACUUGCUGCCUAAGAUCAGGAUGGUGCUGACUCAGCUCUUCCAGAAUAGAUGAAAACACCUUAGUUUCCAUAUUAAACCCAGCAGAUCUUCCAGAAGCAUUUGUGUUUUCAGUGGUGGCACAGGAGAGUUCAGUUGCAGUGAGUUCUGGGAGUAAGUGUCCGAGAUGGGACACGGAGAACGGGACAGUGGCGCCAGACCCCAGAAGCAGCGACUUGCUCGUCCUUUCCUUCUGUCCCGACUCUUACUGUGGCUGCAGAUCCGCAGGGCCUGGUUAUCAGUCACAGUUCUUCCCUGGGUCUGAAUUACAUGGUUUUCUGAGUGACUGAGACAAAACAAACUCUGCAGCUCGGUCCACAAGGGUAAGCAAGAGUUAGUGCUGCAAAAUACUUGUAUUGUUCAUGAAAGAGUAGCAUAUAAAAUAAUGUGAUUAAACACAAUGGAAAGAAAGAUUGACAAAGGAAGGGAAAUAACUUGACAGUAGUCUUCUUCACUAAGGUGUGGAUACAGGUUAGCCCAGCUUUGCUGAAAGGCAUUCAUGUACUGGAAAGUGUCCUUGUUUCAUGUGUGUGUAAUUGUGUGUAUGUGUGUGUACACGUAUUUCUAUGUAUAUAUAUGGUUUCUAAACUGCUGACCAUUGGCAGUGGAGUAAAAUGGAAGCUUUAUUAAACUUUGCCCUUCUUCCAUAGGCUCAAAGUUCACUGCUGUAGUUGGUGAUGCCAUAAAACAUCAGGCCCAGAUAGUUGUAAUGGCAGUUUCUAAACAGUGUUUUCUACAUACUACUUGUAACUGGAGUGUAAUAUAAUAUGUUCUGUGUUAAAGAAACAUAUUUUUAUCAUUUGUGAAUAUUGAUUUGUGACUUUAAACAAUGAGAAAAAAUUGUGAAGCAAGAGUUUGCUAAGUAUACUGACUUCCAUCCCUUGUCUUCUCCUUGCUUCUAAAUAUGACCUUGUCAGAUCAUCAGCAGAAACAGUUUUCCAAGUCUGGACCAAGGCCAGCAGCCUGAAGUAGCCAACUGCUGGAGAUGGAAUGUAGUAGUUUCCAAUAUUUAACCCUUUGUUAUUCUCUAAUGUUUCCUCAGUCUUUUGCUUAAAAGUAUUUUUUCAUGUUUCAUUCAUAUUGUUAUUGGAAAAGGCACAGAGACCAAAAUGAGACAUGUUUGUAGUUUUUCCUAUUAACUCAUUGACUGCAGGCAAACUCUGCGUACCUCAGGUUUUUCCCUGUGUCUGCUCAGCACCCCAUGUGCGGUUGUGGACCGGGUGGUGGUGAGGCGGGGAGGGAGCCUCGUCUUUUGCUGCACUGAUCAAGCCAGGCUGGCCUCGCUGUCAGUGCUGCAGUGGCUUAAUGCCUGAACAUCCAGAGCACCCACAGACAGGCUUCUAGAGGAGAAUGAACCCCUGCUUCUGUAUUUCCUUGACAACACGAUUGUACAGAAAUAGUCCAGACAGCGUGUGGUGCAGCUUCCAUGGCAGGGGUCAGCAGCUGCUGCACUUUCCUUCUUUGGGUAAACUGGAGGUCUCCCCUUUGUUUACCAUUUUGGAAGAAUCAAUAGAACAGGAGCAGUGAGAUGUUACACAGUGGUUCACUGUUUAAACUUUGCAUGACCAUUGAUGGAUUAAAUAGGUUUACCUAACAUUCAAGUGUUCAGCUUGGAUACAUUGAAUGAGAAGAAAGCUGAGCUUCUCAACCAGGAUCUCCUAACUGGUCUCAGAUGUUGCAGGACCAGUUGAUGGGGAGAAAACAUAAAAAUGUAGACAAUGUGCUCUUGCUCAAAAACGCCUUCGUCGUCUGCUGCAGUGCCUCAGGUUCUGGAAUCCUGGUUGACUUUAUGUUCUUGCCUUGACGAUUGGCAUGCUCUUGAAGGGGAUAUGAACUAAACUACUAGUGACUGUUCACCUGUAGGUUGAAAUUGAAUAUCGAUUUCCUUCGAAAGUGAGAAUCGGAGCCACAGGACCAGAGAGUCACGGGCAGAGUUGCAUCCUGACUUCAGUGCACCCUGUGGGGUACUCAGUUUGAGGUUAAGAAAUGCUCUUCAUUACAAGUGUCAGAACAGGAGGUUACAGAACUGAGUAAACCCGAACCCAUGCUGUCUGCCUUGUGGGGUCAAAACCAUUAUGCUUCUUAGCAGGAGUGACUUCAGUCAAGGCUGUCACUGAUGACAGCAGGUAGAAUUCACUCUGUACAUUGAGCCCAAUACCGUACUGGAUCCUGGGUGUUCACCAAGCUCCCUGCCAUGAUUGGGCUUCCAUUCUAGGGUAAAGGAAGAUACUAAGUAAGGAGACGGGGUGGGGAGAGACAGAGAGGAGUGGCUAGGUGGGUGAUAGAUGGAGGACUGACUGAUGGUGGUAGACACAGGUGAAAGGAGAGGCCAGCUAAGUAAGGAAGUGGUGGGUGGCUCUGUGAGCCUGGACUUGGAACCCUUUUGGCUCAUGUUCUAGACUUGAUGGCCAAUCUGUCUAAACCAUAAAUUGAACCCAAAGUCCAAACCAUACAGAAAAGAAACAACAGGAAAAGGGAACCCGGGGAUUGCAAAUGGCACUUUUUUUCCACUCUGGAGGCCCUUCACUGCAGAGCGCUGAGACCCUCCACAAAUGAGACCUCAGGACUUUUCUUGCAUCCUCAUCAGGAGGCUGUAGGUAAGUCCCUGCUCUUCCUUUGGAGGUGGGAAAGAAUCCACUUUUCAGAUUUAGGAGAAUUCUGGUUCACUGCGAGACCUCUGGGAGCUGCUCUCAGACACACCCUAGGAGGCACCCAGUGGGCCCAGGUCAGGUGAGGUAGGGUGAUGUUAGGAGCACCUGUUCUCAAAUCAAAACUGGAGCACCCACAGCUCAGAAAGGGGGUCCAUCUGAAGUGACCCCAAAUUUCCCAAGGAGUGCCAAAUAGCAUGUAGAGAGGCCAAAGGGCUUGUUCAGCUGGGAUGACAGAUGUCACAAAUCACAGAAUUCAGUCCUCUCAUGGCAGAGGAGGAACUCGAGGCCCGGGCUCACAGAGCUGCCAGGUGUGCCCCGGCCUGGAAGGCAGACCCCUCUGCCGCCCAGCUCUCACCCCUAGAAGCCUUGCCUUCAGGAGGGGCCUUUAGUACUCACCAGCUGUCCCUGUUUGGGAUGUUCCAGUUCUAACACUGAAUCCUAGGAAAGCCUUCAGUGAAGGCCUGAGAGGGAGCCUUAUUUCACCAAUGUCUGGAUGGCCCAAUGUUGACGACACUUCAGUUGUUUUUGAGUAAACUCGUGCCAAGACCAUGGUGAGCACAUGCAAAUUUUAAGCUUGGUUUGCUGUUACUACUCUUGCCCUAAAUUAGGGCAGCUUAGUGCAUGUUAGUGGGGAAGACCAUGUGGUUGGUGUUAAGCAGAGCUAUUAAGAAGUUUCUCUGACAUGAAGGAAACAGAAGGAGCCAAACUUCAGGCCUGGAAGGCUCCGGCUCGGGAGCCAGAAGAGGCUUGCUCCCCUACCCCCACCCCCACCCUGUGGGAAUGGCAAAAGGUGACAGCCAGCACUGGGAAAGCCAGCACUUGCCAGCGUCUUCCGUAGCAGUGCUUCCCAUCAGUUUUCCGGGUAGCCCCAGAACCACCUGCAGGAGCUGAGGUGUAGGUGUGGUGUCUUGCCUGGAUCAAAGAACCAUUGAGGUAGAAGAGUCAAGAGUUUGAACCCAAAUCUGCCAGGCUCCAAAGUCUGCUCCACCAUGUGCUGGACAAGUUCAUACAAUAAAUUAAAUGCCAACCAGAAUGUUCCAGAGGAUUUCGUAACUCCCCAAGGGCAUAUACUGAUUGAGCAGAUCAGAACCCAAAUCUGAGCUGGAUUCUGAUGACAAGAGGCUACUCAGAGAAUUCCUGAAGGGCCCACAUCAUGUCAGCUGAGCAACACAGGUGGCACCAUUGUCCCAACCUCUCAGGCACAGAGAAGCUUCAAGGCAGCAGCAAACUUUCACACUACAGGCAAGGCUCACAUGGUUCAGUUUGUGUUGGUAAUUUUAAGUAAGAUAAUAUGUGAUUUAAAAAUAGGAAUAAAGGGGCCAGCGCUAUGAUGUAGCAGGUAAAGCUGCUGCCUGCAGUGUCAGCAUCCCAUAUGGGCACAGGUUCGAGACUCAGCUACUCCACUUCCAAUCCAGCUCGGAUACCCGGAAGAAGAUCCUGGCUCCUGGCUUUGGAUUGGUGCAGCUCCAGCCAUUGUGGCCAACUGGGGAGUGAACCAGCGGAUGGAAGACCUCUCUCUCUCUCUCUCUCUGCCUCUCCUUCUCUCUGUGUAACUCUGACUUUCAAGUGAAUAAAUAAAUCUUUAAAAACAA